GACCGAUUAUUAGCCCAUAGUAUGAGAAUGGGGGAAGUAUGUGGGAGGAUGUGUUUGAUCCGGUUGUACAGUUGAAUUGGGCGAUUUUGAUAUUUAGUGGGUGAAUUGAUGGUUUAUUGUAGAAAUAAUAAAAUGAAUUAUGGGUGUGGCAUCUGCUACUAUUGUUUUUUGAUUUUGAUUAAUUAAACGUAGUGGGAUUCUCAUUCUCAUCCCACUUCCUCGGUUGCUUUCUGGGUCCCUCCCUUUUAGUUUUGGCACAAUGAUUAAUCCAUUUCAUCAUUCCCACAAUUUUGUGUUUGCAGGUAUCAGAUUUCAUCUUCUUUUGCAAUUUGGUCCAUAUUUAGUUGGUGGGAGGAAAAUACAAAUGGUGGCAACAUGUUUCUCAACAGCCAUCACCUGUCUCCUAUUCCUUAAUUUUGUAGCUGUUGCUUAUACCUCCAAGGAUCCUGACCUACAAGGUGAAGCUUUGAUUGAGCUUCUUAGAGGACUCAAUGAUUCGAAUCACCGAAUGGCGGAUUGGAAUUACUUUUUUGUUAGCCCUUGCUUUAGUUGGUCUCAUGUCACUUGCACAAAUGGAAAUGUCAUAUCCCUGAGCUUGGCUUCAAAUGGAUUUUCUGGAACCCUUUCACCUGCAAUCACCAAACUGAAGUUCUUGGUUAACUUGGAACUGCAGAACAAUAAUUUAUCUGGGUCAUUGCCUGAUUAUCUUGCCAACCUGGUGCACCUUGAAAAUCUAAAUCUUGCUAAUAAUAAAUUCCAAGGUUCUAUACCUAGCAGUUGGGGAAAGCUGGUUAACUUAAAGCGUAUGGAUAUUUCUUCAAACAACUUAAUCGGACGAGUACCAGUGCAACUAUUUUCAAUUCCUGAGUUCAAUUUUACAGCGACAGGUCUUACUUGUGGCUCCAAUUUGGCAGAACCUUGCAUCUCAAGGUCUCCUGCAGUUCCAACCAAGAAGUCAAGACUGAAAAUCAUUGUCAUUACCGCAUGCUGUGGCGCUUUCAUACUUUUGCUCCUUGGCUUUGCAUGCCAAUAUCAUAGAUCCCGCAGACUCAAACAUGAUGUUUUUGUUGAUGUUGCUGGUGAAGAUGACCGCAAAGUCUCUUUUGGACAGCUUAGAAGAUUUUCUUGGCGUGAAAUCCAACUGGCUACUGGCAAUUUCAGUGAAAACAACAUAAUUGGACAGGGAGGAUUUGGAAAAGUGUAUAAAGGCGUCCUUUCAGACAACACAAAGAUUGCCGUAAAACGUCUUUCAGAUUGUAAUAGUCCAGGAGGAGAGGCUGCUUUCCAUAGAGAGGUUCAAAUUAUUAGUGUUGCAGUUCAUAAGAAUCUUUUACGGUUGAUUGGGUUUUGUACAACUUCCUCGGAGAGAAUCCUUGUUUAUCCGUAUAUGCAAAAUCUCAGUGUUGCAUAUCACCUGAGAGAGUUAAAAGCCGGAGAAAAGGGGCUGGAUUGGGAUACAAGGAGACGCGUGGCCUUUGGUGCAGCUCAUGGGUUGGAGUAUCUGCAUGAGCAUUGUAAUCCUAAGAUAAUACACCGUGAUUUAAAGGCUGCCAACAUUCUCUUAGAUGACCAUUUUGAAGCUGUUGUUGGAGAUUUUGGGCUAGCAAAGGCAGUCGACACACAGCUGACUCAUGUGACGACUCAGGUACGUGGUACAAUGGGUCAUAUUGCCCCAGAAUAUUUGUCGACUGGAAAAUCUUCAGAAAAGACUGAUGUUUUUGGAUAUGGGGUAACACUUCUGGAAUUGGUGAAUGGUAAGCGUGCAAUCGAUCUUGCCCGACUAGAUGAGGAAGAGGAUGUUCUUUUGAUUGAUCAUGCCAAAAAGUUGGUCAGAGAAAAUAGAGUGGAUGACAUUGUGGAUGGAAACUUGAAGUGUUAUGACCGGAAACAAGUAGAGAUAUUGGUGAAGGUUGCUCUGCUUUGCACCCAAAGCUCACCGGAACUGCGCCCGAGAAUGGCGGAAGUGGUGAAGCUGCUUCAAGGAACGGGCCUGACAGAGAGAUGGACGGAGUGGGAGCAGCUGGAGGACGUCAGGAAUCAAGAGUUCUCACUCAUGUCUUCCCACUUUCUCUGGCCUGAACAUUCCACUCUUCACCAAGAAGCUAUUCAAUUGUCCAACCCGAGAUGAUCGAUCAUGCUUUUUAACCUAAUACUGACUACAGGAAAUGAGAACUACCGUGUAUGCCUUUGUUUAUACCUUUUUUUUCUAAUUCCUAUUUACAGCUCUAAUUUAACUCAUUUAAUAUGCUAAUUCGAUCCAUCUCAA